AUGACGAAUCCGCAAAAGUCCCCGAGGCGGAAGAUGAUUGGGCCGGUCACAGCAUACGACGUCGUGCUGAUACACGACGAUGUCACGCAUGGCACGGCUCCCUCGGCAAGCUGGAUCAGCGUGCGCAUUGCCCCGACUCGGAACUAUUGGCGAUGGAAUGUGCACCACACGCGCGAGAUCCUGCUCUGGACGACGAAUGACAUGGUUGUGCCCCCGCAAGAUUCUCGCCAGCAGAUUCAACACGGCACCAUUCCCCACUUCGGCCGCUGCGACGUGACUGGUGCCAGAUCGAGAACCGAUAUUAGCCCGGGCCAAUGCAAUCCGAGCAGAGAGGGGGAAGGUGACGUCGAAGUCAAAUUGAUGAGUCGCGAUUGUGCUCAUAGCCACCCGCGAGGCCCCGAGCUAUAA